AUGAGUUCCAAUCCCUUUAAAGUCAUCAUCGUCGGCGGUGGCCCAGUCGGUCUGACGGCCGCACACUCCCUGUCGCAGGCAAACCUGGACUUUGUCGUCCUCGAGCGCCGCGCCAAGAUUGUUGAAGAUGCGGGCUCAAAUCUCGUCCUGCUUCCUAUCGGACUGCGUGUGCUGGGUCAGCUAGGCAUGCUCCCUACUAUUGAGAGCGUCAGCUCCCCGAUGAGCCGCUUCAGGCGUAUCGAUCACGACGGACGCGAUCUUGGCGACACGCUGUGGUUUACUCAUUUCAAGGAAAAGUCACUAACGGCGACCAUCAGCCACGGCGCCUAUCCACGAGUGAUCAGCCGACACGAUUUGAUGCAGACCUUGCAUGACGGCCUCCCGGUAGACGCGCAGGCCAAGUUGAUGCCCGGGAAGAAGGUCAUUGAUGUCUCUUCCGGUCCCGACGGCGUCAGCGUGACUUGUGCCGACGGUACUUCAUAUACCGGAUCCGUCCUUGUCGGUGCCGACGGUGCCCACAGCCGGGUGAGAGACUUGAUGCGGACAGCGGCCUUGCAAACCCCGGCCACCACAGAGGACAAAGUCAACGAAGCGGAGCCGUUUCUGACCACCUACCGGGCCAUGUGGAUCCGCUUCCCGACGGUCCCUCCGAUCAAGGCCGGCGAUGCGAGCGAGACACACGGCAAGAAUUGCACUCUCCAGCUCUUCGCCGGCGAGGACACGUCCGUCAUUGGCGUGUACGAACGCAUGGAGAAGCCGACGCGAGAGGGAGUGCGGUAUAAACAAGCGGACGAGGACAAGUUCGUCGAACGCUGGGGUCACCUGCCUAUUAUCGAGGGCGGGCUGACCAUCAAGGAUGCCUAUGUCAACCGGACCCAGGCCGGCAUGGUGAAUCUCGAGGAAGGCAUCGUCAAGAAUUGGAGCUGGGAUCGAAUCGUCCUCGUCGGCGACGCAGCGCACAAGUUCACGCCCAGCACCGGCGCAGGUUGUAACAACGGCAUCGUCGACGUCGUUGCGCUCGCCAACGAGCUGUAUCACGCCUUCAAAGCCGUACGCGCCUCGGACCCGGAGGCCUUCCCAACUAGGGAACAAGUGCUGGCCGCCUUUGACGGCUACCAGCUCGCGCGCUUCGAUACGGUCAAGGCAGGCCUCGCCGGUGCAAGCCAGGCCACCGGAGCCGCAACGUGGGCGGAUGCGACUCACAAGUUUGUGGACCGCCACAUUCUCUCGAAGCAGUCACUUCAGAAGUUCUUUUCCAAUCGCAACGCACCGUCGUUGGCUCGCACCCCUGUCUUUGAGUAUGUUACGGGCGAGGAACAAAUGGUUGGCAAGUUUCCCUGGGCUCAUCCCAUUAAGCCGGCGUCCUAG